AAUUCAACCGCGCCUUGCUCCAUCGAGAGAGAGAGAGAGAGAGAGAGAGAGAGAGAGAGUGUGUGUGUGUGGAAACUGGGAAGUAGCGCCUGCAAUGGCACAAGUGCUUUCCUUCCGAGUUCUUAUCUCUGCGGAGACUCAUAGAACUUCUUCGUCUUCUUCUUCUAACUUAAAGUCACUGAAGAUGCCCAAGAGGGUGUCCAAGAAAUCCACUUCAGCUCCUAGAAAAGGAUGCCACUUUACAGGUUCUCUCAAUCCUUUGCACAAGACCCAGAAGCUGAAUUUGGAGGUUUCUCCUCACAGAGCCGUGUCUGCCGUAAGAUUGAUGAGGAUAGAGUUUGGUGGUGCUUUUGCUGACCUUCUCAAUGAGAAAGGGAAGGGUUCUGGUGAUAAUGAGAUGGGAUAUGUGGAAAGAACUAUUGGGUUUCGUACACGGGAUUUAGAUGCUCGAGAUCUUAGAUUGGUUACAGAUAUAGUCGGGGGCACCAUUCGGUGGAGGAGAUAUCUUGAUCAUUUGAUCAGUUCACUAUGCCGUGCUGAGAAUACCAUUAAAAGCAUGGAACCACUUCUCUUACAGAUUCUCCGAGUUGGUUCCUAUGAGAUUGUUAAGCUAGAUAUGCCACCAUAUGCUGUUGUCGAUGAGAAUGUGAGACUGGCAAAAGUUGCCCUUAGACCUGGUGCUGGUAACAUGGUCAAUGCGAUUUUGCGGAAGCUUAUUUUGCUUAAGGAGAAUGACACUCUUCCUCUACCAAAAUUGGAAGGCGAUGACCGUGCACAAGCUCGUGCUCUUGCUACAUUGUAUUCUCAUCCUGUGUGGAUGGUAAGGCGAUGGACUAAGUAUCUUGGAAAAGAAGAGGCAAUUAGACUGAUGGAAUGGAACAAUAGUGAUCCAAGUUUCAGUUUGAGGGCAAACACUGCGAAAGGAAUAUCCAGAGCUGACCUUGUGACAAAACUUAAUUCAUUGGAGGUACCACAUGAGCCUUCUCUGCAUUUGAAUGAUUUUGUCCGUAUCAAAACUGGAUUACAGAGUGUCAUACAAUCUGGUUUACUGAAAGAAGGUCUAUGCUCAGUCCAGGAUGAGAGUGCAGGUCUGAUAGUUUCUGUUGUGGAUCCUCAACCAGGUGAGAGCAUUAUUGAUUGUUGUGCCGCACCUGGAGGAAAAACUCUUAACAUGGCAUCCCGUUUGAGCGGCCAAGGUAUGAUAUCUGCAGUUGACAUAAAUAAAGGACGAUUGAGAAUCCUAAAAGAGACAGCCAUUUCACACCAAGUGGAUGAUGUCAUAAACAUCAUUCAUGCUGAUCUUCGUACUUUUGCUGAAAAUAAUACUGUGAAAUGUGAUAAAGUUUUACUGGAUGCUCCAUGUUCUGGAUUGGGUGUUCUCUCCAAGAGGGCGGACUUGCGUUGGAACAGGAAAUUGGAGGAUAUGGAGGAACUUAAGAAUUUACAGGAUGAGCUCUUUGAUGCAGCUUCAAUAUUGGUAAAGCCAGGUGGAGCUCUUGUUUACAGCACCUGCUCUAUAGAUCCAGAAGAGAAUGAAGAGAGGGUUGCUGCAUUUCUUCUCAGGCAUCCAGAAUUCUCCAUAGAUCCUGUCGACAGAUAUGUACCGCCUGACUUUGUAACAGAACGUGGUUUCUACUUUUCCAACCCAGUAAAGCAUUCACUCGAUGGGGCCUUUGCUGCUCGCUUAGUUCGAGUUACAUGAAACAAAUGUGACUGUCAAAAAUCCACUUCAAUGGCGAUUAUGCAUCCGACUGUUUAGUUAUUUUGAAGAUACUUUCUUUUGAAUAUUGUUGUAGGGUGUAUUGGGAUCAAUUCUUACAAAAAAUUUCUUUUUAGAGACCAAGAAACCUUCUUGAUUCAAAAAGCUGUUCCUUGAACUGCUGCAUCACAGAAAUUGGUUGAUUUGGAAGCAGAUCAGCAGUGAAACGGUGCAACCUCUCGAACUUGGUAAGAGAAAGGAUGAACCCCUUCUGGGAACAAGACAAAGAAUGCAGAGAGGGGUGCAAGGAUCAAAAUUAUCAACUUGUUUGAUAAAGAGUUCCAUGGAUUUUUUGAUGUUGGGAGAUGAUAUUCCCUAUAUGGCACCUGCUAGGCCCAAGGUGUGGAGCAAAUUAUCCCAGAUAAUAUGUUGUGACAUUCCUCCUGCUGCUCAGGAAACUAUUUUCUACGAUCAUUUGAAAAUACUACUCUACAUAUCCAUAUUUAGCAUUUGGAUUAAGGAAAUAUGCAAUGCAUGCUUAUGUAAUAAUCAUUUUAUGAGUGUAAGAUUUGAAGGAAUAAUUAUUUUAAAAAAUAAAUUGAAAAUAUUUUUGCAUAAA